AUGGCUGCCAUCCACACCAUGUCUACACCCCGCUCCGUCACACAGCCCGGCCUGGGCCUUCCUAAAAGCUUGGGUCACCUGUCGCAGCAGCAGCAGCGUCAACAGCGCAGCGCCGACCGUGGUAGCCCCGAUGACGAUGGGUUACAAGCUUCCAAGAUUCGGAAAACCCCGCGCCGUCGCCUGAAAUAUCGCAUCGACCGCGAGGACCUCCUCCGAUAUCCCGAAGAAGUCCUCAAACAAUACUUUGUGGAUUCCGGUAUCGAGGCCGAGGCCAACUCGGAAGCCAUCAUGAACGAAAUAUGGCAGCAGUGGCGUCAGCCUGGCCGUGAACAACAACGGCUGCCUGAGUUUAUCUGCGAUCUAGGUGCCGGCAAGAUGAAAGAGUUCAAGGACAUGUUGGAUGAUUCACGACUCAGCGCCAAUGGGCAACGCUAUCUGCGGGACGAGCGCGAACGUCGCAUGAACAGACUCCAGAAACAAAACUCGCGCAAGCGCAAGGGAGGCAGCUGCAGCCGCAACAGUGGAGAUGAAACAGAUUCCCGGUCUGCCUCCCGAGCCGGGUCUGCGUCCAUGCGCCGUAAUGUACGAGUCUUUCCAUCCCACACGCCCCAUCAGGCUCCCUUCCAUUUGCACCUGUCCUCACUCGCCUUGGCUCGCCAACAACAACGCCAGCAGUUGCAAUCGGCCGAUUUUGAGUCAUCCUCGCCCGUUUCUGUCCGUGCCAGCUUCGGGGGCAACAGCAACGGCGUCGCGCACGGUGCCACAGCCUCUGAGAACACGCCCUUGGGGGCUCUUAGCGCAGACAGCUGUCACUAUGGUGCCAUUCCUGUGCAGCCAAACUUUGAUGACCCAGAGCUCUUGCUCUCUGGAAAUUCAGUGGAGCACGGUGCUCGUGGGGCCACUGGGAAAGCGGCCAAGCCAAGGGCACCACAACCGCCUCUCAUGCCCACCUCGGCCAAUGCUACCUCCCGGCAUACGGGGCAUUUUGCCAUGCCCUCCACGCGACCCAGCCCCACGGAAUCGUCUGCACCAACGGGGAAGUCCUCCAUGCCCACGGCCAUGAGCGCACCCGCAGACGGUCUCGAUGGAGUUCCCGCGGACAUGCAGUUCGUGGCCACAUUGAACGGCCGCCCCGUCAUGGUUCCCCGCAACCUCAACAUUGACCCAGCUGUUAUUCAACGCCUCAUCAGCGAAGCGCAAAGUCAGGGCCAGCACCAAAACAUGCAUCCACCCAGCCCACCGGCAGCCCACCAGCGCCAGCCCUCGCCUCCAUCCGAGCCUACGGUGGUGCAGGUGCAUCCGGCUCCCAUCACGGCUACCGAUCGCUCGCGGGGUCACCAAAUGCUGCUUCAGCAAAUGCCCAAUCUGUUGUCGCGCGUGCAUACCGACAGUCAGACGGGUAACAGCAACACCGAGCACGGCGGAUCCAGCUUGCUCGAGCGUGAGCUGGCCUCGGCCACCCAGCCCGACGGCACGGGUAGCAACGAUCCGCAACUGCAGCAAAUUCGCAAUUACUACGCUCUGCAGUUGGACGCUUUGCGCGCGGCCGGCAUGGCCGUUCCUGCAUCAGCUGGUCAGGCUGCGCUCGACAUUAUUACUUCCAUGGCCGAGCAGGCUCGGCAAAAUCUACGCCCUCAUGACCACGUGGAGGCCAGCGAGCAGUUUGCUGAGCCCCGUCCUCGUCAUACCAAGCAUCGCUCCCGGCAUCCCAAGGCGCAAGAAGACAGCAAGGCCGCGGCCCAUGCGUCUGCCACGGGUCUCGACGCUCUGGCUUCAACGGGCGGCUUGCCACCACCUCCCAAGCGCGCAUUUGGCGAGUCGGUCACAGGACCCUCACCGCUGCGACCACCGGAUAUUCCGCAGCAACUGGUUGAGUGCUUGCAGGAUGUGUGGGCCUCGCUUUCGGCACGAGGGCCGCCCAGCCACGGCGGAAUGCCUCCAGUGAGUGAAUCAGCAGUCGCCAACCAGUCGGCGGCCUCGCGGGCUGCGACCGGGCAAUCAGACGCCACCGAUGCAGAUCCUGAAGCCCCCAGCACGCCGACCAAGCAGCAGCCCAACGUGCUCGUGGCCACUCCUUUGCAGAAAGAAUUUGCGUCGGCCUACCCACUCUUGGACAUUGUGCUCUCGCCCAUGAUGCCUCGUGCUCGCCACGCUGGGAGUACCGGGCAGACACCCAUGGAGUCGCCGUCCGCGGCCUUGCUACACAGUGGAUUGUUUACGUCUCUUCCGACUCCUUUUGGCCUUUUGACGUCGCCCAUGUUGGGUCAGAAUAGCAAUUCUGACAUGUUUGGGACGGGCCAGGAUCAAGAUGCGCGUUCGGCGCGAAUGAACCUGGACUUUCGCGAUAUUCAGCAGAUGGCCGAUCUCUUUCAAAGCCCCACAGCGCGCUUUGCGGCCACCGAUGUGAUGAAGGGGGCUGCUUCAAACGACGGGCCACGGGGGAGCAAGGCCGGGGCUGCUUCCGGAAACACAAACGAUGAGACGGACGCGACCGCAUCACUGCAGCCUUUUCCGGGCAUGUAUCCGGUGUCGCCCGCUAUGCAUGGGCAUGACGGCUCCAUCCUCGUGGCUCCGAGUCCGCUGCCCAACCUGUACACCAACUCGCCGCUGCCGUUUUUGAUGAGUCCACUGGGUUCGAGCAUGCCUCAGUCGGCGCUCAAUUUGUUCAACGCCAUGUUUUCGCCUCGGAUGGGUGGGAGCAUGGAUCCUUUUACGUCGCGGACCGAGGCAGGCGAGUCGGAGGAGGGCAAGCCUGGUGGCGCGGAGGCGCGGGCCGAAGACCGCGCUGCUGGUGAGUCGAACGGGUCCCGAGCCGAGGCCGAGGCUGAGCCGAUGGUAGUCGAGUCACGCCCGGCGUUGUCGGCGGCCAGUGGGACGGCGGCGCCCAAGUCCAGCUCGCGGCUGCGCCAGCAUGCCCGAUCCGUGGGCCAGGGAUCGGCAUUAUUGGAAGAGGACCAGUCGGGUAUGCCCGCAGAGAAACGUGCCAAGCAGCAGCCCGAGGCUGGGAGCCGCUUGACCAACCGCCGCUUUAGCUCGGGCAUGCCGGUGAGCCCCAAGUCACCCAAUGUGGUGACGUCUCGGCUGUUUGCGCGUCGGUCAAGCCGGGACUGGAAUGUGAUGGAUGCGGCCAAGCCUCGUCGCAGGACUUCAAUCAACCUCAAUCAGCGCAUCACCGAGGCCAUGGACAGCGGUGCAUCGGCCGGGGGCGAGGCAAAUGAGCAUGGUAGUCGCGGGGAGUCGCCGGAUGUGGAGAUGCCUUCGGCUUCGUCGGCGCGUGGCGAUGCUGCGUUGCCCGAGCAUGCGGAUGAGGAGACGAUCAUUGCCGUGCAUGCGGCGACCAAGCCGGAGUCUGACCCAAGUGUGCGUUCGGGUGCGGCCGGUACAUCCACCGUUGUGGGCAAGUCAAGUGCCGGUCAGGAAGCCUCUGCGCCGGUGACGGUGGCAUCGCCCGUGCAACCAUCGGUGUCUGCCCUCAAGUUUGAGCGGCCUCCGCAUACGAGUCCUGCUGUGGCUUCAUCGCCGGAGCGGGCCAUUCCCGUCUGA